AUGGCCGCGGCCCUCCGCCUCCUGCUCCGCCAGCAAGCGGCCGCGCGGACCUCUCCGAUACUGCGCUCUCAGUUCCCCGCGCCGUACUCCAAGGCCGCCGCCGCCGCCGCCGCUGCUGCCGCCGACAGCUUCCCCGCCGCGCGUGGUGCGCCCCUGUGGCCUCCCUGUCUGAGGGAGGUUACUCCAAGGAAGGCUCCUCCACCUCCAAAGGGUGAACCGUGCUGCUGGACAACUGUUCCAAGUAUCAUCCCUGACAGUACAAAGUCGUUCCCGGAUAAACUGAAGGAUCUCAAGGAUCGUAAGAAGACAUUGCAAGACAUGGAAAAGGAUAUUGAGGAGCAUGAGAAAAUGAUAAGCAAAGCGCUGGAUGACCGUACGGUUGCUAAUGAUUUGUUUCGCAAACGGCUUGAUGACCGUAGGAAACUUCUUGCCAAAAUAAGUAAUGUGCCAGAUGAUUAUCCAGAAACACAUAAUUUGCUUGAUGUUCUUGCCAAAAUGAAUGAUAUGAUGGAUGGUUUAGCCAAAGUACGUAAGAUGCGAGUUGAUUAUGACAAAGAUUGGGCCAUUCAGGAGGCUAAGACUCGUGUGUUUGAUGAACAAAUGAAAAUGUUACGUAAGAAGCGUGAGGAUUAUCUCACUGCUUUGAGGCGGUAUAAUGAAUUGGCAAGAUCCACCUUGGAGCAGGAGGAGAACCAGGAGAAGGAUGAACCACGCUGCUGUGAAACUGUUCCAAGUGCCAUGACUGACAGUACAAAGUCGUUGCUGGGUAAACUGAAGGAUCUCAAGGAUCUCAAGGAUAGUAAGAAGGCAUUGCAAGACAUGGAAAAGGAUAUCGAGGAGCAUGUUGAAAUGAUAAGGAAAGCGCUGCAUGACCGUACAGUUGCUAAUGAUUUGUUUAGCAAACGGCUUCAUGAUCGUCAGGAACUUCUUGACAAACUACGUAAUUUGCAAGAUGAUUAUGGCAAAGCACGUAAUAUGCGAGAUGGUCUUGCCAAAUUAAGUAAAAUGGAAGAUGAUUAUGACCGAGAUCAGGCCAUUGAGAGGGCUAAGCGUAUUUUGAUUGGUGAACAAAUGGAAGUCUUACGUGAGAAGCAGCAGGACUAUCUCAGUGCUUUGAGGCGGUAUCAUGAAUUGGAAAGAUCCACCAUGGAGCAGGUGCAGAAGGUGAAGAAGGUUGUAAAAGUGGGUGCCGCUGUUGGCCUUGUGGGAGGGCUUCUGCUGAUACUGGCAAAGAUCUAGAUUCGAGCAGUGUGCAGUUUGCUUCUUCUUUUUGUGUAGAACUGAGCUGACAGAUGACUCGGCUGAGCUGUUUUUUUUUUGGAGUGGCAGAGUAGUAACAUUUGACUGUUUAGUUGAUUAUUUUCUCUGUGCCGGUUUAACAGUGCAUUCGUCGGAAGGCUUCUGCUGAUAAAGAUCUCAAUUAGAGCACCUAGGAGUUUGCUGCUACUUAUUUCUGUGUAGAACUGAGUUAGCCAGAUGAGUAUGCUGAGCUGGUAUUUAGUGUGGUGGAGUAGAAUUUAACUGUUUCA